GUCAGAGACACCUUCACCACAGCAUUCGUGAAGAACCUGAUUCUAGUUCUGGUCUGGCUCCUCCUCAGUUACAUCAACGGCACCUUGGUUGCCACCUUCUUUAGACAUCAGACCUUUUACGAAGACCCUCGCUACAUCCUCUUCAUCCACAUGGUGAUCAACGAUGCCAUCCAGCUGACUGUCACCAUCACGCUCUUUGUCCUCAGCUACAUCUUCUACAAGAUAAAUGUCUCAUUCUGCUGCUUCUUUAUCCUGGUGGCUGUCUUCACCACCAGAAACACUCCGGUCAACUUAGCCAGCAUGGCCAUAGAGCGCUAUAUUGCCAUUUGUGAACCUUUACGACACUCCCAGAUCUGCACAGUGAGGAGGACUUAUGGUGUCAUCGGGUUGAUUUGGUUUAUAUGUGUGGCUCCAGAUAUUACAGAUCUAUUUGUCACACUGGCGACUGAGUCUCUGAGCUUCUUUCAUCAGUCUGUGUUCUGUUUACGCCAGAAUGUGUUCAAAGACCCGAUCCUGGCUUAUAAAAGACUAGCUUUUGACAUCAUCUAUUUCUCCUGUGUGUUUCUGACUCUGGUCUUCACCUACCUGAGGAUCCUGUUUGCAGCCAGGGCCCUCUCCACAGAGAAGUUGUCGGCUCAGAAAGCAAGGAACACCAUCCUGCUUCAUGGGGCCCAGCUGGCCAUGUGCAUGCUCUCCUACAUCUCCCCUAGUAUGGAGAUUGUUCUACAUCUGAUCUUCCCCGGCCGGAUCCUAGAAAUCAGAUAUGCCAACUACCUGAUCGUCUACAUUCUGCCCCGGUUCCUGAGUCCAAUCAUCUACGGCGUCCGAGACAAAAAGUUCAGGAAGUACCUGAAGAUGUACUUCCAGAGCAGCAGGUGCAGAGGCACGCAAAGAGUGGCUGCAGAGUACAACGGCAGCAUGUAA